UUUAGAACGGAGGUCUCGGUUCAUGAGUCCCCUAGUGCCGGGUAAAGCGCAACUCUUUGAUCAAGUAUUUUGACAGAGUUCAUAUUCUGUUGGUUGUAAAGUCACACCGACACAAUUACAGGUCAUAUUGCGACCUCUCAGCUUUCCGUGGUUGAGGAAGGUCACAGGUAUAUGCACCUCUGGGCAUUAUUUUUGACACGAACGGCAGCUUGGUAGAACCAUUGAUCUUCAGUAAGCCUGAUGAAUGGUGUCCUCAUAUGAAAUAAAAUUUAGAUCAAAACUGGGGUUUCAAACCAACUGCUGUGAGGGGCAAAUAUUUUGAAUGCCAUGAUCUUAAUCAUCCAAAAGGAGUAAGUGAACCAAAAGUACCGACAAUAUAACAGCAGACUCCGAGUAUAAAUAUAUAUCGUUACGACUGGUGUUCUGGUUUCAAUCAACCGCGAGAAACAUGAAGAAAUUUACAUCUUGUCUGACAUUUUAAAAUCAAAAAUUACUUAUUUACCGAACGAAGCUAUCAGAAAGCUUUUGUGUUCAACCCUUUGUGCGCAUGUGUUUUGUUUGACAUACUUCUUUUACUUCCGGCUCAUUGCGAUAGUUCGUGAAAACUUAAUGUUUUAUUAAAACAGACUAUGUGGAAAUUUGAUAUAUCAUACAUUGGUAGAGCAUUUCGAAGAGUGGUGUAUGUCAAAUAUUAAAUUUGAUAAAUUCGAGUACCAGCUUACUGAGUUCAAAGGGAUGUGUAAUCCCAUUUGCAAAAGUAACAGUCAAAAUUUAAUAAGACUAACAAGCUGAGCCGUGUUAAAGAGUGCUACUUUUCCUCUGGUACAUAUGUGGUAACAGAGAACGGAAUGAUUUAUGCAAAAAAGGUGUACGUCAAACGUAUCGAAAAGUGAUAUAAAUAAAUAUUACAUUCUUACUAGCAUGAGCAUGAACAGCUGGGAUGACUUACGUGCAAAUGUGAUGUGGCUACAUGACUGUAAAAGCAUAAUCCAUCGAGAGUAUUUUCUUUAGGUAUAAUAAAGCUAAAUAAGUACACUAUGGCGGGUAAAGCGUAUUUAAUGAUGUACUGUUGCAUUAUCUUCUUGUUAAGUGUUGUUCAAACGUGUUAUUCAACGGAAAUAAAAUUGGGCAUACUUCUACCGGAGGCCGAUACUUAUCCAUUUAGUAUAAAAUGGGUUCUACCCGCACUGGAAAUUGCAAUUGAAAAGGUUCUUCCUUCGAUAGUACCAGGAAUUAAUGUGUUACAAGAAGUAAAAAAUUCUAAUUGUUCUAUGGAUCUUGCACCUAAAGCAGCUGUCGAUUUAUAUGCGGUUGAACAUGUACAUGUGUUUAUUGGACCCUUUUGUGAUUAUGCAGUAGCUCCUGUCGCGCGAUUCAGUCCUCACUGGAAUAUUCCAGUACUAAGUGCAGGCGCACUGGCUGCAGACUUUAAAUAUGAAAAGUCUGAGUUUAAACUGCUAACUCGCGUACACGGAACCAACUCUAAUACGGUUGAAGCAUUCGUAGCUAUGGCAAAUAGUUUUAACUGGACAAAUAUAGCCGUCAUACAUUUUGAGAAAAAUUUUAGGGAAUCAGCUUGCCGUAUCUUGGUUCAGAACCUACUUUAUCACUUAAGGGUCAAGUCUCAAAGAAGACCAUGGGUUGGAAAAGUUAAAGACACAAAUCCAUACCAUUCAGAUAUCGAGGAAAUACUUCAUUCUGCUUCGUUACAAUCCAGAAUGUGUGGUGUUUCGUACGUUUCUACAAAGAUAUAGCAUGACAACGCUUCGUCUAACGUUUGCUUGUUUUCAGUUUUGGUUCUGUGUGCGAGUCCAAAUCUAAUUCGAGAAACUAUGAUAAAGGCACAUGAACUAAAC